AUGAAACAUGGCGAACGCAUUCUCGUUUCGGUCGUCGAGAACAGAGCCAGCAAUAAUUCGGGCAACCCGUGGGUAUCAGUUCCAGUGGAUGACCAGGACUUGUCCCAAGGCUACAAGGAUAUCAAUUUCCGGCAGUUGAAUAACUAUGCUAACCACGCGGCACAAUGGUUGACUGAGAGUCUUCCCCAAACCUCCGAACCAUUCCAAUGCGUUGCCUAUGCCGGCCCUAAGGAUCUCCGGUACCCGAUCCUGGCCCUUGCCGCCGCAAAAGUGCAAAAAGUGUUGGUACUCCCUUCACCACUUAUUACACCUGAGGCGCAGAAGAGAAUCCUUGAUGCAAAGAGCUGUGCCGUGUACUUGCGACCGCCUUCUUUGGAACAACAUGUCGGCGCUGCACUGAAAGAGGCACCUCAUAUCCAAGCUAUCACGGUCCCCGAAACCCAUGAAUUCAUGAAGGAGACGGAAGCUCCGACAUAUACCUACCCCAAGUCCUGGGAAGAAGGGAAGGACGAUCCUUGGCUUGUCUUCCAUACAUCGGGGACGACAGGCUAUCCAAAGCCACUGACAUAUACUCAAGAAAUGAUGGCCGUGGCCGACAUGGUAGCGGCAACCCCGGACCUUGAAGACUGUUUCGCCCACCACUUUGCCAAUGAGAGGUUGUACACGCCGUUGCCGUCCCUACAUCUGGUUGGAAUGAUUUUGGUGCUAGCUUCGACCUCCUUUAUCAAUACAACACUGGUCAUUGGUCCUCCAACGCCGCCAACCCCAGAGACCGUCGUAGAUAUUCUGAGAUACGGACACGUCAAAGUUGCGCUCUUGACGCCAGCCGUUAUCGAGGAGCGCUGCUUGACACCAACCGGCACCAAUGCCCUGCGAAGCCUGAAGUCAGUUCAUUACGCCGGCGCACCUCUGUCGGCUAAGGCAGGGGAUAUGUUGAUUUCUCACACUCAGGUUAUACCUACUGUCGGCAGCACAGAGGCCGGAGGAUAUCUUACUUCAGUUCAUGAUAAGAAAGCGGCAUGGGACUACGUUGGUUUCCAGAAGCACGCUGGUGCGGUUUUCGAGCAUCGCUUUGAUGAUCUCUACGAGCUGGUCUUUGCGCGCCAACCGGAUUCUAAAUUACAGUCUAUUUUUCGACUAUACCCGGACCUUGACCGUUACCCGACCUGUGAUCUGUGGAUCAAACAUCCAGCGCAUAAGGGUCUGUGGAAGAUCGUCGGCCGCAGUGAUGACCAUGUAAGCUUCUCCCAUGGGGAGGGGUUGUAUGCUUCGCGCCUUGAACCUGAGAUUGAAGCUCAUCCUGCGGUUAAGUCAGCCUUGAUUGGUGGGCAUGGUCAUCGAUCACCGGUGUUGCUUAUCGAGUUAUAUCCUGAAGCGAUUAAGGAGGAUUGCCAUGAUGAGUUCCUUGCUUCUUUGCAGCCGAACAUUGAAAAGGUCAAUGCUCAGGUUCACGACUGUGUGAACCUUUCUGCUGAGCGAAUUAUCAUUGCGACCAAGGAAAAGCCGUUUAUUCGAACGGUCAAGGGAAGUGUUGGAAGAAUGCAAACUUUGACGUUGUAUAGAGAUGAGGUUUCUGCUCUCUUUGAUUAG